AUGGAGAAACGAUUGAUUGAAGAUGAUGAAGAAUCAAGACAAGAAAAAAACUUGGAGAAAAAACAUGAAACCAAUGUGGAUCUUCCAUGGGUGGACAAGUACAAACCGAAAAAUGUUCAACAACUGGUCGGUCAGUUCGGCGAGAGGAGUCCGAUGAACAAGCUUCUCGUGUGGCUGAGAGACUGGGCAAAACACAAUCUUGGAGAAGGCGCGAAAAUUAAAAAACCGAAACCAGCGCCAUGGAUGGCUCAGCAAGAUGGCACACCAUUCAAAGCGGCACUUCUUUCCGGAAGUCCUGGCGUUGGAAAAACUACAUGCGCUUAUAUGGCAUGUCAAAUGUUGGGCUUAAAACUUGUUGAAAUGAACGCUUCUGAUGUUCGCAACAAAAAGCAUUUGGAGGCGAAAGUUGGAGAAUUGUCUGGAUCUCAUCAGAUUGAACAGUUUUUUAGCGUCAAAAAAUUAGUUCCGCAAGAUAACUUGAAAGUGCACCACGUCCUUAUUAUGGAUGAAGUUGAUGGAAUGUCAGGAAAUGAGGAUAGAGCUGGAGUUUCUGAAUUAAUACAAAUCAUCAAGGAAUCGAAAAUUCCAAUUUUGUGCAUUUGUAAUGAUCGCAUGCACCCGAAAAUUCGCUCAUUAGCCAAUUAUUGCUACGAUUUGAGAUUCUCCAAACCAAGAGUUGAACAGAUCCGCUCCCGAAUGAUGACGAUUUGCGCUUCUGAAAAACUUAAAAUUGCUAAAGAGGAACUGGACCAGCUUAUUGAACUUUCUGGGCACGAUGUACGUCAGACUAUAUACAAUUUACAAUUGAGAUCGAUGUCAACUUCAGCCAAAGUGGAUAAAAAGAAUCAAUCCUUGGGUCCGUUCGAAGCUGCGAGGCGCCUUCUUGAUUCAAAUGCUAAUCUUCUUCAGAAGAAUGAGAUGUUCUUUGUAGAUUAUGGAAUCAUGCCCUUGUUUGUGCAAGAAAAUUAUAUCAAUAUGAAAAAUGAUAAGCAUAGUCCUCUUCAAGCGAUUCGGGGAUUGAGAAAAGCUUCCGACUUCAUCUCCCUCGGAGAUAAUAUUGAACGGCAGAUUAGAGGUGGUGGAUCAUGGAAGUUGCUCAAUGAACAGAGUAUGAUCUCAGCAGCUCUGCCAGCUUUAGCCACUGGCGGUCAUUUAAGGGCAAUGCUACAGUUUCCAUCAUGGCUUGGAAAGAAUGCAACGGCGGGAAAACGUCGACGUCUCCUUCAACAACUUGUUAUGCACACACAUUUGAAGGUAUCAGCAAACUUAUGUUCGUUUGCUCUUGAUUAUGCGCCAAUUCUUCGCACAAGAAUUACGAAACCACUUCUCAUUCGAGAAUCUGCUGGAGUACCAGAAGUUAUAGAGACAAUGAAGGAAUAUGAUCUGAUCAAGGAUGACUCCGAAGCUCUUACUGAAAUUGUCGUUUGGCCUGGAAAAAUCGAUCCCGCCAGCCGAAUUCUGACGAAAGUUAAGGCUGGACUCACAAGAACCUUGAAUAAGGAGACUAGAAUGCUACCGUAUUCUAUCGAUGAUAUCUCAAAAGGAAAACGGAAGGGUGUCAACUCAAUUGGAAUUGAAAUGGAUGAGGAAGGAAAUCUUGUCGAGAAAUUCGAAGAUGAAGAAGACGAAGAAACAGAUGGCGAUGAUGAUUCUCCCAAGAUGUCAUCUGAAGUUGUCGUAAAAGUUACAUCUGGACGAUUGACAGUGAAAUCGUCAGAAAAAGCAAAAAAAGGAGCCCGUGGCGGAAAAGCGAAAAAGUAA